UCUGGGUGAGAAAUGCAGCCACAGGCUUCAGUUCAUGGAUCUUCACUGACGGGCGUUUGUUUUCUUCUCUUUUUCGGUUUUUACUCAGAAGCUGAUUUUUACCAGACUAUGUGUUUUUUUUAAUAUUCGCUACAUAAAAAUGUCUCCACCGAGUGUCAAACGGACAAUUCACCACAUAAACUGAGAGGAUUGUGUCACCACAGAUAAGGUUGUAGAUUUGUUUUAUUUUUUUUUUGUAUUCUUAUAUGUUCCACGUGGCCUUUGGCCUGGAUACACCGCGGUUUAUCUCGAGAUGAUGGAAGCGGGGAGGCACAUUUCCUUAAAAUGGCAGAGAUGGAUGUGAAAUCAUCAACGAUGGAGUCUUCGUUUCGUACAAGUUCAAACAUGAGGAGUCUGGAGCACGAGCUGCACUGUCCGGUGUGUAAGGACAUCGUCAAACAGCCUGUGGUCCUGCCGUGCCAGCACAGCGUCUGUCUCUUGUGCGCCUCCGAGGUCUUAGUGGCAAAUGGCUACCCGCCACCAGAGCUUCCUCCAGAGCCCAACUCCCCUGCCUCCACACCCAACACCCGCUCACCCCGCCAGGCACGCAGACCCGCGCCCAAAGCCGAACAGCGACCCAUUGAUCGUGUGCUGCGAUCAGGUCCCCACCCGCCUUCACCAUCCAUGCCCCGGUCUCCGGGUUAUGGGACGCAUCCGGGGCGCCGCCGCAAGGAGGGCCCACCUCUGGUGAUGAUGUUCCCCUGUGUCACCUGUGGCCGCGAUGUAGAGCUGGGAGAGAAGGGUCUCACUGACUGCCUGCGCAACCUGACUUUGGAACGUAUAGUGGAGCGGUACAGACACACGGUCAGUCUGGGCAGUGUGGCCGUGAUGUGCCAGUUUUGUAAGCCUCCUCAUGCUCUGGAGGCCACCAAGGGCUGCGGUGACUGCAGGUCCAACUUUUGUAACGAGUGUUUCAAGCUCUAUCAUCCAUGGGGGACGCCACGGGCACAACACGAGCAUAUUCUACCUACUCUCAACUUCAGACCAAAGGUUCUGACUUGUCCGGAGCAUGACCAGGAGAAACUGCAGUUCUACUGUAGGUCCUGUCAGCGGCUGCUCUGCCCACUCUGCAAACUGCGCCGCAUCCAUACGGGACACAAAAUACUCCCAGUGGCGCAGGCAUACCAAGCUCUGAAGGAGAAGAUUACGAAAGAGAUGAACUACAUUCUGUCAAACCAGGACACAGUUCUGGCUCAGAUUACUCAGCUGGAGAGUUCCAUCACACAGAUCGAGGUAAACAGUGUGUCUGCCAGAGAGCAGCUGGCUCAGAGCAUCAGGGAUCUGACGGCAGCUCUGGCCGAGCGCCACGCUUCCCUCACGCAGACUCUGGAGAUGGCCCGGCAGAAAAGAGGAGAGGCAUUAGCUGCUCAAGUGGCGGAGAGACGGGGCUUGAUGGAACACGCAGGGCUCAUGUCAUUUACCCAGGAGCUACUGAAAGAAACAGACCAGCCUUGUUUUGUGCAGGCAGCUCGCCAGACCCACAACAGGUUAAGCAAAGCAAUCGAGAACCUGCAGCAUUUCACACUAUCGGCCGAUCCAUCCUUCCGACACUUCCAGCUGGACGUCUCCAAAGAACUCAAGCUGCUGACAGAAUUGAACUUCAUCCAGGCUCCCUUGGCUCCAGUGAUCGACACUCAGCGUACUCUGGCCUACGACCAGCUCUUUCUCUGCUGGCGACUACCACAAGACUCUGCGCCCGCUUGGCACUUCUCUGUGGAGUACCGGCGCCGGGGUGUGGUACCAGGAGGAGCGUCCCGAGGCGGGUUCAGGGGAGGGCUGGCGGCCGCGCGGUGGGGCUGGCAGCGGCUGGACGAAGUGAGUGGGACCAGCGCGGUGAUCGAUAGGUUGGAGAUGGACAGCGUGUACGUGCUGCGAGUGCGAGGCUGCAACAAGGCCGGCUACGGGGAGUACAGCGAGGAGGUGUAUCUGCACACUCCACCUGCACCAGUGCUUAACUUCUAUUUGGAUUCUCGUUGGGGUCUCCAUGCCGACCGGUUGGUGGUCAGCAAAGAGCAGCGCUGUGCUCGCAGCGUCCCUGGUCUCUCCCUGCUGCAAGCCGCUGACCAUGCCCUCACUUCCUGUCACCUGACCUCGGACCUCUUGGUCGGAGACGUAGCCAUCACACAGGGGCGUCACUACUGGGCAUGCUCAGUGGAGCCGGGGUCUUACUUAGUGAAGGUGGGAGUUGGAUUGGAGUCUAAACUGCAGGAGUGGUUUCAUCUGCCACAAGACAUGGCCAGUCCACGCUAUGACCCAGACAGUGGCCACGACAGUGGAGCAGAGGACGCUUUGGACUCCGCUCCUCCCUUCUGCUUCCUCACGAUGGGCAUGGGCAAAAUUUACCUGCCCCAGCAAAGCAACCACCACCACCACAGUAACCAUGGGAACGGCGGUCGAGACUCCAUCACCAAUGGCAACACCGCCUCCUCCCCCACAGGCCUCACCUACCCGCUGCCGCCGCGGCUGGGUGUGUGUCUGGACUUUGAGAAGGGCCGCGUCACCUUCUACGACGCCCAUUCUUUGCGACCUCUGUGGGAGGGGCAUGUAGAUUGCUCCGGCCCAGUGUGUCCAGCGUUCUGCUUCAUUGGGGGAGGAGCUCUGCAGCUGCAGGAGCUGGUGGCCAAUCGCAGCGCAGAUCAGACUCCGGUCCGGAGGGUAACCAUCCAAACCCGUGUGUCUAAUUUGAAUAACAACUGAUGCCUGAUCUGGGGUCAUGUGGUCAUGUGGAAUGUAUUUGGUAAUUGUAAAAGUAUUUACUCAGCUAGAGCGAAAAGUUAAAAACAUCUCAGCGAUUUUGUUUCCUAUAUCAUUUCUUAUUAAAAGAGAGUGUUUCUAUAGCAACAAAUAUGCAAUGUAAUUAAGUUUCUUACAUUUUUGUUACACGCAGUUUUGCAAGAAGUACGGCUUAAGUAGUGUCUGGUCUAUCCGACACUUACUUUGUAAUUAUACCUUUGAUGCUUGCACUUAGCGGCUACAUUGCAUACAUUUAUAAAGCUUAUGUAGACACAGCAGCCCCACAUAGCGUUGUUUUUUUCCCCCUGAAGAAGCUUUUAUUUCACGUCAUGUCCUUAAUGCUUCAAGCUUGACAUAUCUUGUGAUUUAGAUAUAUGAUCAUUUUGUGAGUUAAAAAAAAAAGAAAAGAAGAAAAGGGCCUUGAAUAUGUUAUUAAAUCUGUAACUUAAAUCACAUCUCUUUGCUGUCGGUGAAAACUCAAUAGUCAUUCACACUUUUACGAUCCCACUCCCAACCAAAGUUGUAUUGUCUUUUCCCGGGAUGUAAAUGUGGUAAAUUAGAGGUGGAGAGAAACAAUGAGGCAAUACUGUAAUUAGACAUAAUUAAACCUCUGCUGCACAGCUAAUCACUAGUUUCCUCAGUUGUGCUGGUGCAUCGCUAUUUUCAAAUACACAGGCCUACACUUGUUUGUGUGCGUGCGUGUGUGUGUGUGUGUGGAUGGUUCAACAGAACAGCACUGAUUCAUCAGUUGAGAGUAACUUGUUUUCUUUAAGACAGUACUUUUUUAAAACUUGUCUGAUUACAAGUUCAUGAGUAGCAUCUCUUAAAUAUAUAUUAACUGUACAAAUCCGUGUAAACUUCACCUGCUGGCAGAAUGUUUGCAAAGGAAAUAAAAAAAAAA